AUGCCUGGAGAUAGCGAAUCGAGCGGGACUUCACAGUCAAGCAAUACAUCAUACGUGAGUACUGUUAAUUUUAUGCCUUUACCAGAAAUCAGUCGGAUUACAAUAAAAGCACCGACAUUCGUUAAGAAAGAACCGGAUUUAUUUUUUAUACAAAUGGAAGCACAAUUCAUUAACGGUAGCAUUACUCGCGACAAUUCGAAGUAUAAUCAUGUAAUAUCUGUUCUCGAACCUGAGUAUUUAUCAAUGGUUUCUGACUUGAUUCGUAGUCCUCCCGCGGAAAACAAAUAUGAAUCACUUAAAAACCGUCUAAUUAGUGAAUACACUCAAUCUGAUCAAAGGAAACUCAGAGUUUUACUCACUGAAAUCGAACUUGGUGAUGACAAACCGUCACAUUUGCUACGCAAAAUGCGUGAUUUAGCCAAAAAUGCUCUCACCGAUGAGGCAAUCAAGUCCCUUUGGAUUGAACGUUUACCGGAAAACGUUCGUGCCGUCGUGGCAAUUUCAAACGACGACCUCAAUACCUGUGCUACCUUAGCAGAUAAAGUUGUCGAAUUGACUGCCCCAAAACUAAUUUCGGAGAUCAAAUCGGAUAACACACUCCUUCAAUUGAACGCUCGUAUCGAUGAAUUAGCCAAAUCUUUUCGCGAAUUUAGAGCGAGCAGAAACAAUAGUCCAAACAAAUCCCAGAAGUCACACAAUUCGAGUCGUUCACGUUCCAAAUCUCGUAAUAAAAGACCGUAUUGUCGAUUUCAUUAUCGUUUUGGGGCCAUGGCACGCAAGUGUGAACAGCCAUGCGCAUUCAAAAAGCCCGAUGACAAAAGUGAUGAACAUUCAAAAAACUAA